AUGUCUCCAAGUUCAAAGAGAAGUCCAAAGUUAAAAAUGAGAACUGAAUAUUUUCCCAUUUUUGGAUGUAGCAAUACAACCCAUAAACCUUCCAUAUUCUUUCUUGUCACAAAGUACUUGGAACGUG